GGCAGGGCCCAUGGAGGAAGCUUAUCUCCAGGGAGUGUGGGAUGUCUCCUGUGGGAACCUGACUCGGAGACUGCUCUUGGAUCUAGAAGACCCUCUGCAGCGAUCUGGAGAAGGGAGCAGGGAUAUCGGCUCAGCUUAGGUUUAUACGCCAGCAGGAAAUCGAAGCGCCAGGCGCCAUCUUGUCCGGGCCGACCUGCUUCCUGACUACAUUUCCCAGAGGCCCCCGGGGGAGCAGGGCCGUUCCUUCACUCGCCUGCUUGAUUCUCGGCCUCCCGGCAAGGGGAAUUACAAGGAAAACAGCCCCAAGGAGGACUGAUCAUUUCCUGCAAUACUGAAAGCCAUGGCCCAGGGAUCAGUGAUGUUCAGUGAUGUGUCUAUAGACUUCUCACAGGAGGAGUGGGAGUGCCUGGACCCUGGUCAGAGAGACUUGUACAGAGAUGUGAUGUUGGAGAACUAUAGCAAUCUGCUGUCAAUGGGACUUUACAUUCCUAAGCCUCAAGUUAUCUCCUUACUGGAACAAGGAAAAGAGCCCUGGAUGGUUGGCAGAGAGCUGACAAGAGGCCUGUGUUCAGAUCUGGAAUCAAUGUGUGAAACCAAGUUACUAUCUCUGAAGAAGGAAGUUUAUGAAAUAGAAUCAUGCCAGAGGGAGAUAAUGGGACUUACAAAGCAUGGCCUUGAGUACUCCAGUUUUAGAGACAUUUUGGAAUAUAGAAACCACUUUGAAAAACAACUGGGAUAUCAAAGUGGGCAUUUCAACCAAGAAAUAUUCUCUCAUGAAUACAUGCCCACAUUUAUUCAACAGACAUUCUUUACUUUGCAUCAGAUAAUUAACAAUGAAGAGAAACCCUAUGAAUGUAAGAAAUGUGGAAAGGUCUUUAGUCAGAAUGCACAAUUUAUUCAACAUCAGAGAAUUCAUAUUGGUGAAAAAUCUUAUGAAUGUAAGGAGUGUGGGAAAUUCUUUAGUUGUGGCUCCCAUGUUACUCGACAUCUGAAAAUUCACACUGGUGAAAAACCCUUUGAAUGUAAGGAAUGUGGCAAAGCCUUCAGUUGUAGCUCAUACCUUUCUCAACAUCAGAGAAUUCAUACUGGUAAGAAACCCUAUGAAUGUAAGGAAUGUGGGAAAGCCUUUAGUUAUUGCUCAAAUCUUAUUGACCAUCAGAGAAUUCACACUGGUGAAAAACCUUACGAAUGUAAAGUAUGUGGAAAAGCCUUUACUAAGAGCUCACAACUUUUUCAACAUGUGAGAAUUCAUACAGGUGAGAAACCCUAUGAAUGUAAAGAAUGUGGCAAAGCUUUUACUCAGAGCUCAAAGCUUGUUCAGCAUCAGAGAAUUCAUACUGGUGAAAAACCCUAUGAGUGCAAGGAAUGUGGCAAAGCUUUUAGUAGUGGCUCAGCACUUACUAAUCAUCAAAGAAUUCACACUGGGGAGAAGCCCUAUGAUUGUAAGGAAUGUGGGAAAGCUUUUACUCAGAGCUCACAACUUCGUCAACAUCAGAGAAUCCAUGCUGGUGAGAAACCCUUUGAAUGUCUUGAAUGUGGGAAGGCCUUUACCCAGAACUCACAACUUUUUCAACAUCAGAGAAUUCAUACAGAUGAAAAACCAUAUGAAUGUAAUGAAUGUGGAAAGGCCUUUAAUAAAUGCUCAAACCUUACACGACAUCUGAGAAUUCAUACUGGUGAGAAACCGUAUAACUGUAAGGAAUGUGGGAAGGCAUUUAGUAGCGGCUCAGAUCUCAUUCGUCAUCAGGGAAUUCAUACUGAUGAAUAAUAAAAGUUAAAGCUUUUGUCACCUUUAAACAAAAAAAAUAAUUUGAUAGUUACUCUUUCACUUUUUUUUUAAAUUUUAUUUUACAUUUCUUUUUAAUUCAAAUGUAUUUCACUCUAAGUUAUGAAUUAAGAUUCUAAGUUGACAUUUGCCCACCCCCUGUUCCCCAGUCUUGGGCAGUUGUUCAAUAAUUCUUUUCUUCUCCAUUUGUUUGUUUUACCUUUUUGGUGAGACAUUAUUGUUUAUAUUUGCUUGUAUUUUUCUUCUCUGAUCUAUAUAUUUGUGCUUACAUCAAUAUUGUACUGUUUAACCUUGUAUUUUUUUAAUUGUAGAAUUAUAACCUUGUUUUUGAAGUCAGUAAUAAUUUUUUGUUUCAUUUCACAAAUUUGUGUUUUCAGAAAAUCAGGAAACCAGAAACUAAAAAGCCAAGAUUAUCAGUAAUCAUAGCAACUAUCAAUGAUUACUCUUAAGUUAGUAGAGCAAAUCCUACCAGACUUUGUUUUCAAAGUCAUAGUAUGCAUGUUAUUCCUUUGCCUGUUUUGAUCAUGCCAAAAUAUAUGGUUGCCAUUUCAGUAAAUACAGAUUUUUUUUUUAAUGACUUCUAUAUACUUAAUGGCUUUUUAAAAUGACUUUAUUACUUGUGUUUUGUUUGCAUCUAAGCAUUUGCAGUUAUUAAAUCUGCCCUGAUUACUAUGACCCAAAAUUUAUGUUUGGAUGUUUGUUUGUGUCUUUUAAAAGAUCUAUUUUAAUUGCUGAAAUUAUGCACCUUUUCUCUCUGUAAACUGUUUUGUUCAUUUUCAUCCACCUCAGUCUCCUACUAGAUAGGUAAUUAACUGCUGUUAUCCAAGUGUUGUUUAUCUUUCCAGUUUUGUUUGUUUUGUUUUUACUUUUUACUUAUAUGUUAGUGGCAUUUUUAUUUCCUAUGUAUUAUUAAAGAUAAUCAUGCUGUAUGUGUUGGUUUGUUGUGAGGAUUCAAUGAAUUAAUAAA